UGUCGCGACCGGCGAGUCGAGGGGGGGAUAUCGAGAGAGAACGUCUGUGUAUGUCGACGGUCUGCACACAAGCCGGGAAUGUUUAUCGGAGAAUUAGGCAGGACGAUUCUGUCAAGUGUUUCUUGACGUGGCAAUUCCCUUCGGUCGCCGCCAAUUUUCCCGCACGGGCUGUAACUGCGCUUCCAAAAUUGUGCCGCUGUAUCUUUUACACCUGCUACUGGGAUACUUGGUUACCAGGUUGUGGCUUGUCACAUGUGAAUCAAGGAUUUCUGUUUCCGCACUCGAGAUACGCAGGUGUUUGAAAGGAUGGGCUGGGUGUUGGAGGUAGUCAAGAUGUUUCUCUACAUAUCGUUCCCGGUUGGAAUGUAUCACUACGUCAAUCAACCGGUCUUCUUCGACGAGUUUGUAAUAAAGGCGAAGGAGGAGUACUUCCCGCCCGAGAGCAGGAAGGCGAACAAGAUGAUGGACGACUUCAUUCGCGAGUUUAACGCCAGCAGCGAGAAGAAACGCCUGGAAGCGAUGGAGAGGGAAAACAAAUAGCGAAGAAAAUAUAUUGUAACGCUUUCUGAUUGUGAUAACCGGUAGUGGGAUAUAUUAUUUUUUGUAAAGAUGAGGAUAUUCAAAUAUCUUUGCCUUUAGUCAGUAGGUAGAAAUAAAAGUAUGGAUAGACGACUCUUAA